UGACAUGACUCCACUGCACUCUAGCCUGGGCAACAGAGGGAGAUCCUGUGUCAAAAAGAAAAAGAUGGUGGUGCAGAUCCUUUUGUGGUUCAUAAGCUCAGUGGCUGGAUUUUCACAUUCAUGUGUAAGAUGUGCCUCCCUCAAACCUUCUUACUAUUGAUGGUGGGAUGGAGCAAGGAAGGGAGAAAGAGACCCACCUUGGAUGCCCUGAGCCCAGGUCCUAAUCCCAGUUGCUAACUGGCCUCACGACCAAGGAGCCUCAACAUGUCACUGCUUUUGCUGGGCUGUGGGCAGUAGGAGAGAGGUCACUGCCAUAGGAGACCUGCCCUGUGGCCCGUUUGGCCAGUGCCUUGCUGUGCCAACUGGGACAAGUUUUUUCCUGUCCUUGGGCUUCUAAUUUCCAAUCUGUGAGCAGGAGUUCAUGACAACCUGGCAAGGUUUCUGGGAGGAGGGUGAGUGAGCCUGGCACCUAGAGGUGGCAAGAAAUGAUGUUGAUUAUGCCCAUGGCCACCUCCUCUGUUCUCCAAGCCCUUUGCCCUUCCUGAGGACCCUGGACACCUCUCCCUGGGUCUUCGCUCCCUGGCGUGAGUAGGAAGUGGAAGGGAGGGUUGUGGCUUCUUGGUGAGGUGGGAUGCUUUAAAACGCCUAGAUUCUUAGGUCAGAUUAAACUAGAAUUCGCAUUUUGACUGAGCGUUCUAAAGCGCAUCCUUUCCUCAUCUGGAGGUAAUAUCUUGUGGCGCGGGUCAGAUAAAAUAACGUACUACUAUUCUCAGGAUCCCUAAAGGCGCAUGCCACGCCCCCUUCCCCGCCGCCAAUCCGCGGCCGUCUCUCCGGAGCGCAUGUUCCCUCCACCUCCGGCCGCUGCUCUCCUGCUGCCACCCCUGCCAGGCAGGCUGCUCGUUUUGGGAAGGGAUCCCCAGGAAUCGCCCAGCUGAGGACUGGGACGUGCAUCCAAGGGCCAGAAAGCGCUCGGAGAUUAAACCCAAAUUCAAGGAUCAAGGCUGCUCUCACACCAUUUUACAGAUGGGGAAAUCCGAGGCCCCAGGAAGGGCAAUUCCCGCGCAAGGUCCCCUGAACGGAGGAGAAGCCCGGGACAGUGUUUUCUCCGCGUAGGUGGCAGUGCAGUUGCACGCUCUUGCAGGGCACAGUCCUUGCGGGAGCUGGGGCCAAAGCCGGAGGACUAACUGUGCUGGCUAGGGGAUCGACACUGCUCUAGGAGGUUGGGGUCCUCAUUGCCUUAGUUUCCCCAGCACUACCUUUGGUGGGGAACGGGAGACGGGGCACUGGGCAAACGCGCGCCUGCUGAGACACAGUCCGAAUGCCCUUAGGUGCUCCGCGUCUCCCCAAGUCUGAUUGAGGCCCCUUUUUUUAAAGGAUGCACUACCUCCCAGCCCUCUAAAAUCCUGUCCGCCCGUUCGAGCCUCUCGGCGUUCUAUUAGAAAGACUCAGCCCUCCUGCUCCCUUCUCUAGAAUGAACUGCUCAGACUGCCGCCCUGCUCUCCCGAAGUGUUAACUGCGCAGGCGCAAGCGCAGCCAACCCGGAAAACGCAAGAACCGGGCCCCGACGACGUAGGGCGGGCCGGGGCGGAGAGUGUGUUAACCAAUGCCUUGAAGGAGUGCGGGGGGGCCCUACCCAAGUGGGAGGCGAUUUAAGAGAUAAGGUGAAGGGUGGUUCAAUGGCUCUUCAAGUCACCAUCCUUUUGGUCCGCGAAAGUUAAGUAACCGAGAGGCGGGCCUAGGACCGGAAGCAGGAAGGAGGGCGCAGGAAGCAGGGCGCCGCAGCCAGUCGUACUGUCGGUCCGUGAGUCUGUUGGUGCCGAGAGCAGGAUGGAGAAGCUGCGGCUUCUGGGCCUCCGCUACCAGGAAUACGUGACUCGUCACCCGGCCGCCACGGCCCAGCUGGAGACAGCAGUGCGGGGCCUCAGUUACCUGCUGGCAGGUCGAUUCGCGGAUUCGCACGAGCUCUCAGAGCUGGUGUACUCCGUCUCUAACCUGCUCGUGCUGCUCAAUGACGGGAUCCUACGGAAGGAGCUUCGGAAAAAGUUGCCUGUGUCGCUGUCCCAGCAGAAGCUGCUGACAUGGCUGAGCGUGCUGGAGUGUGUGGAGGUGUUCAUGGAGAUGGGGGCUGCCAAGGUGUGGGGAGAAGUGGGCCGCUGGCUUGUCAUCGCCCUUAUCCAGCUGGCCAAGGCUGUACUGCGGAUGUUCUUGCUGAUCUGGUUCAAGGCUGGCCUCCAGACCUCACCCCCCAUCGUUCCGCUGGACAGAGAGACCCAGACACAGCCCCUGGAUGGUGACCACAGCCCUGGCAGCCAGGAGCAGUCAUAUGUGGGCAAGCGGUCAAACCGAGUGGUGCGCACCCUCCAGAACACUCCGUCCCUGCACUCGAGGCACUGGGGAGCUCCCCAGCAGUGGGAGGGACGGCAGCAGCAGCAGCGCCAGGAGGAGCUGAGCCUGACCCCCACCCCGCUGGGGCUGCAGGAGACUAUCGCAGAGUCCUUGUAUAUUGCGAGGCCGCUGCUGCACUUGCUCAGCCUGGGGCUGUGGGGUCAGCGGUCGUGGAAACCCUGGCUCCUGUCUGGUGUUGUGGACGUGACCAGUCUGAGCCUCCUGAGCGACAGAAAGGGCCUGACCCGGAGGGAGCGGCUGGAGCUGCGGCGCCGGACCAUCCUGCUGCUCUACUACCUGCUGCGCUCCCCGUUCUAUGACCGCUUUUCCGAGGCCAGGAUCCUCUUCCUGCUGCAGCUGCUGGCUGACCACGUCCCCGGCAUCGGCCUGGUCGCAAGGCCACUCAUGGAUUACUUGCCCACCUGGCAGAAAAUUUAUUUCUACAGUUGGGGCUGACAGACAUCCCGGGAGUGGGGCAAGGGGCAGGGCAGUGUGCUCUGCUGUGCUGCGCAGGGGGUGCCUCAGCCCGUCCGUCCCCUGGGCCCCUCUUCCCUAAUAAAACUGACUCUGGCGUGUC